AUGAGUCAGGACUCAUGCCACCUAUCACCAACUAAACCAAAUAAACUUAUUGGACAUUAUCCCGCUUAUAAACUUAAUUUAAAAUCGGGGGCAGAUUUUAAUAUCAGUCCAUCAAUUGAUUACUUAAACUUUAUUGCAUUUGGCCAAAAUGACCUUGUUAAUAAUGGCCAAAAUAAUAAUAAUGGUGGUGACCCUUUGGUAUUUUAUAACAAUCAAUCUUCCAAAUUUAAUGAUCUGUUAAAUUAUAAGAAAACAAAUAAUCUACAAUUUAAGAUAAUUCUAUCAGUCUUGCUACCAACUAAUGUGAAUAAUUUAAAUAGUUUCUUUAAUCUUGUAAAUAUAAGUAAUAAUUUGGUGUAUUAUUCGAAUAUCGCUCAAAAUUCGAAAUUUAUUAGUGACUUAGUUAGUAUUGUUGCUACUUUUGGUUUUGACGGAAUUGAUAUUGAUUAUCCUUAUAAACUUCCAUGCGGUCCAUCCGGAUUUGAUUCUGUUUUUUCAAGUUUCCUAACUGGCAUAUCAGCAAAAUUAUCUAGUGGUAAGAGUUUAACGAUUACGGCAGGUCAAUAUCCUAUAAAUAUGACCGAUACGGUCUAUGGUCGUAUUGAUUUUGUAAAUAUUCAG